UCCAUCUGUGUCACUCAGAUGUCCUCUGGAUUGCGUGGCAUCAUGAGUGUAUGGCUCAUUGAUCGGCUUUACAGUGAUGUCAAUACAUCCUGCGCAAAUAUAUAUCCAUUUUGCUUUUUUCGCCAGACUGUCAUAAACAUGACAUGCUCUAUGCUUUUUCUUUUUUUUUGGAGGAUAACAACCCUGCUUUGUGUUAUAAAUGGAUUGGACAGAAUAAUUGCCUCAGAUUUGCUCAAGCUUCACAACCUGCCAAGUAAUUACACUGACCUGGUGUUAACUGGAGACGAUGAGGGGAUAUUUGGAGUAGACGCCCAGUUUUUGUACGCAAUAAAACCGCUGGACAGAGAGAAACAGCCAUCCUACUCUUUGCAGGUGUCCUUCAGACCAUCGGACGCCGCUCAGAACAUCAGAUCGUCGUCUCAUCGACAGAGCUUCACCGUGGAAGUGUGUGUCAUUGACAAGAACGACAAUGUGCCCACCUUCAUAGAGGAGAGCAUGAGAGGCAGCGUACAGCUUGGGCUUCUCAAAGGGAUCCCCUUCAUGCAGGUGGAGGCGCUCGAUCGCGAUGACCGUGACACGGCUCAUGCUGAGCUGCGGUUCAGCCUGAUGGAGCAAACGCCCAGGAUUCCCUCCAGUCAAAUGUUUUUCAUUGACUCCAUUACAGGAGAGGUUUCCCUCACUGAGGAGGGAGCCUCCACUCUGGACCCAGAAAUGUGCGGUCGUUAUAAACUCUCAGUGAUGGUGAAAGACAUGGGAGGGAGGAGCAAUGCGUUCUUCACCACCGGCAUCGUUACCGUUGAGGUCACCGGGAACACUUGGGCCUCGCCGGACCCCGUGCGACUUCAGGAGAAUCUCCCAGGUCCCUACCCCAUUCCCAUUUCACAGGUCAAAUGGAGUGGAAGCCAAGCAGAGUACAGUCUGGACGGGGAGUUUCCAGAGAUGCUCUUCACCAUCAGCAGAGAAGGUGUCAUCUAUCUCAACGCCCCUCUGGACAGAGAGACGCAAGACCAGUUCCACAUCAGUAUAGUAGUUGAGCGUCCGGAUGGCAGACAAAUUGCCAAACCUGUGGAGUUGCGGGUGAUGGUGGGUGACGCCAACGACAACAGACCCACAUUUCCUCAGGCCCAGUACCACACCGUGGUGAAGGAACUGGCUGCUCGGGGGACCGAAAUCCUGACAGUGCAGGCAGCCGACAACGAUGAUCCCAAAACGGACAAUGUGCGGAUCUUCUACCGAUUGGUCGGGCAAAUUCCAGAGAGUCCUCGUGCCCUGUUCAGAGUGGACCGCGACUCAGGUGUCAUUUCUGUCCAGGCAGACAGCAUGGAGGGCACAGCACCUCAAUACACCCUUACCAUCACUGCUGAGGAUGCCAAAGGUCUAAACAGUUCCUGCACCGUGGUUGUGACGGUACAGGAUGAAAACAACAACCCACCAGUCUUCUCCCAGCAUGAGUAUGGACCCUUUCACAUUCCAGAGGAUGCUCUCGUGGGCACCACAGUCACAACUGUGUUGGCAAGGGAUGGCGAUGUUCGAGGCGGGGACAGCUGGCAGGUGGACUACCAUUUAGAGUCUGGAAAUGAAGAGGAGGUCUUUUCAUUGGUGACGGACAGGCAGACCAAUGAUCUUUCACUUGUUCUCUCAAAGGUGUUAGACUUUGAACGUGAGAGCGAGUACAUCCUGGUGCUCAGCGCCCAGAACCAGGUUCCUCUGGUCCGUGGCCGAUACGGUCCCUUAUCGACAGCAACAGUGUCCAUUUAUGUCGAUGACGUGAACGAGGGCCCAGUCUUGUCUCAGAGCCAUUAUGAGGUGACCGUCAGAGAAGGGGAGGAACCAGGGCGCGUCAUUGCCACCAUCCGGGGCUACGACCCUGAUUCCCACCCAAUAAGGUAUUCUCUCCAAGGAGACACCAAGAAAUACUUCUCAAUAGGGAAGUAUUCAGGUGAACUGAAGACUGUCCAAGCAUUGGACAGAGAGGAAAACAGCACGUACACAAUGGAGGUCAUUGCAGUGGAUGGACGAAACUCCUCCUUAUCCGCAUCCACCCUGGUGACCGUUCAAAUCCUGGAUGUAAAUGACAACAGCCCAGUGUUGGUCGGAGACUACUCCUGGAAGUACCUGUGCACACCUCGAUGGGAGGACCAAGCUCUGGUGCUGGCUUCACGGGACAGCGACGGUCCACAACACGGAGGGCGACUCAAUUUCUCUCUCCGGAGCGAUGCCACAGUGCGACGCAACUGGAAGCUAACUCCCAUUAACGAUACACACACUAACCUGUCAUUAAACAUCCCAUACCUUCCUCCUGAGGUCUACAUGGUCCCUUUCACCAUCUCAGACAGCAGCUCUCCUCCUCGGAGCACCUUCAUAAACUUGCCAGUGACAGUGUGUCCCUGCAACAUCAGAGGAAACUGCAAAAUAGCUGCCAAGCCGCUGCAGGGCAUGCCAACUAUCCAGUCUGCGGUGGGGAUUCUGCUGGGCACCUUUUCAGUCAUAGGAAUCAUCCUCAUUGUUAUUUUCGUGAGACUGUCCUAUCAAAACCCCAAAGAGCCAAGCAAAACCAGCCAGGAGAGGGUUCCACUAAAGAUAUCCAUCUAACUAAAAUGAUUAUUAAAUGUUACUGUCACUGCCUUCACUGUAUCGUCACCAAUGUAACAAUGUUGCUUUAAGCCCGUUGUGAAUAUUUUAGUUUUUUCAGUGCAUGUAUGUGAUUUAAUGCCCUAUUCCUGGGAAAUGAUUGUCACUUCUGUUUGUCUUUUUAUUUGACAUAUAAUAUUUUAUGUAUUUACUAAGCAGCACUGAAGUGAUGUGAAGAAUAAUAACAAUAGAACAAAGUACAGAGUUGUUUUUAGGAAGCUUAAAAGAGACAUCUUCCUUAAAAUAAAUUAACUUUAUACUGAGACGUAGCUUUUUGAGAUGUAGCUUGUUUGUAACUAACACUUCAGCUAUUUUAAAAGCACCGGGUUGGUGUUUGAGGCUUUUUAUUUAGUUCUAACUAUAAUAAGCUGUAGCAAAAUUCAGAAAUCAGAAGAAAAAUCUCUGUUAUGUAUACGAUGUUUGUGAAAUUUCCCAUUUGAAUUGUAAUAAAGUAUGACAGAAGCAGCGAGGAGCUUCAGAAUGUCUUGUUAGCUUCAGAUGCCAACAUCUUUUGUGUUCAUUUAUUCUGCAUAUGAAUUUCAUAGCAGAUGUGAACCUCUCUUACUAGGCUCUGGGUGUGUUAUCUGCUCCUUACACAUCCUAAACUAAAACACUGUUAAUUUAAUGAGACAGCCAGAACUCCAUAAUUACAUUAGCUGUAUGCUUCGGUCUCUGCAAUUAAGGUUUUUCUUUUUUUUAAAUGCUGACCCAAGCGACCUAACUGGCAGCCAGAGCUAUAUUCAGACGAAAGUGUUGCUAAAAACAGCUCAGCAACUGAAGGUCCACUGAAUGACACCGCUCCCAAUGAAACAAUGACCUCUCCAUGACAAAGGGUGAAGCUUUGUGAAAUUAAUAAAGUUCAGACCUGUACAGACUGCUGUUAACACAAAUCGCCUAGGUUAAGAUGACCCUUUGAUGAACACAGCAGCCAGAAUGUCGCUGACGCAGUGAAAAUUAAGCAGAGGCACAAAGCAGUUGGGAGAAAAUAGUCAUGGGAAAACUACUAAUUGUGCACUCAAUGAAUCUGGCCUUCAUGGAAGAGUGGCAGCAAGAAAGGCACUCUUGAAAAAAAAAAAA